GGGUGGGGGUGGGGGUGGGGGUGUCUGUGUGUUUGGUUGUAGUGUCUGGGUGCGGUGGCGGUACAGGGAGUCGUCGAUUGGGGUGACGGUUGCGUGAAAGGAAGCUGCUGUAGCUCAGUGUGACGCUGUGGAGUCGGGAGCAGAGGUUGCGAUUGGGAUCUUAGGGCGAUCCUAGGGGUGCAAUGAGUUGACUGCCAAAUUGGGUGGUGGUGGUGGUGGGCAGAGUGGGAAGGUGGAGGAAGGAUUGGGGAAGAGGUUGAGGAAGAGAAAGAGAAAGAGAAAGAGUUUGUUGUUGUUGUUGGGGAAGGGGAGGGGGCGACGGAUGAUGCCCAUGGGCGUAGUCCGCGACGAUGAGUCCCAGGCCGCUGCUGGCUCGCCGCCUGCGCCCACCCCUCCCCCAAUCGCCAAGCCGACGCUGCGAUCCCACUCGCGCUCCAGGGCGCACAAGGCGCGCUCCCAACACCCGCCGCUGGGCGAUGGCGAUGCGCCCUUGCCCCCACCGCAAGGAACAGCAACACCAGGAGGAGGAGGAGCAGCAGCAGUGGGCGCACCAGGGGCCAUGGAUGCCGAGGCUAUGGCGGCGGGGCAGCGGCGGCGUCGACGACGCCGACGACAGCGGGGCAAGAACUCGGAUGUGCCGCUUGACAAUCGCACGCGAAUUAAGAGGCGUGUCAAGUACUUGCUCAUGAAAAUGCGAGUCGACCAGAACCUGCUGGAUGCGUACUCCGGGGAGGGUUGGAAGGGGCAGAGUCGGGAAAAGAUCAGGCCGGAGCAAGAACUACAGCGUGCUGAAGCGCAGAUCCUGCAUUCGAAAUUGGCCAUACGGGAGGCUAUUCAUGAAUUGGAUAACUUGGGGUUAGAAGGCUCGCUCGACGAAAAUGCAUUUGAUGCUGAAGGCCGUGUUUACCAUGAAGAGAUAUUUUGUGCCAAGUGCCGAUCUCAAGAUGCUCUACCUGACAACGACAUUAUUUUAUGUGACGGCGCAUGCAACAGAGGCUUCCAUCAGUACUGUUUAGACCCACCUUUAGCUACGAUCAACAUUCCUCCUGGAGACGAAGGGUGGUUGUGUCCUGUAUGUGAGUGCAAGAUGGAGUGCAUUGAAGUUAUUAAUGCAUACUUGGGCACACACUUUGAGGUGGAGAAUAGUUGGGAGGAGUUGUUUUCUGAAGAAGCUCUCGUGGCUGCGGGCGGUAGAACUCAAGGGGUCACAGAUGGUGAUUUUCCUUCCUCAGACUCAGAAGACGACGAUUAUAACCCUGAAGGAGCGGAGAAGCGGACAGACAGUGAAAGCGAAGGCGAAAGUGAUGAAGGUGGGGGAGAUAGUGAUUCAGGAAGCGAUUUUAGGGAAAAUGAAGCGUCUGGUAGUGACAAAGAUGAGCAAGAUCCAAUGCAGGCAACUAAUUUAGAGAGACUUGCGAGAACAGCAAAGCGGACCAGCAAGGAAGGAAGUGGAGGUCCAGAAUCUUCAGGCAGUGAUGACUCAGAAGUUUUUCUUGUUGAUGGGUUUACGGAUGGUGGAGUCAAAUUAGGUUUAAGACGUAGAGACUCACAAGCAGAAGAAUCAGCUUCAGACGAGGAAACCAUGGUUAUAGCAGGAAAAAGACAUCGAAAAGCAGUAGACUACAAGAGAUUACAUGAUGAAAUGUUUGGGAACAUGGAGAUUGAUGUGGACGAUAUCAUAUCCGAAGAUGAGGAUUGGGGUCCGAAACGCCGUCGGAGAAGAACCAUUCCUGAUGACCCAAGCAGGUCUAGACCUCCUCGAGUUCGACGGAGAAAGGCGCGAACCUCAACUGGAGAUGCUUUAAAAGAAGUUGAUGCAGAUGGGGUACCAUCAGAUUUACCCUCUGGGUCACAAGGCGAGGGAGCAGCCGAUACUCUUGAAGCUGUUAGAGACAAACGAAUGUGGAGGAAGUUGCCUGAUUCUGCUGUUGAGACGUUACGACUGGCUGCGGCAGUGACGACACUGCCCUCAAAAUCCCGUAAAGAGGAGUUGGCGACACAGCUUGGCUUGAGUUUUUCACAAGUCCAUGGAUGGUUUAAAAAUCAGCGGUAUUUAGCUCUCAGAAAUGGGUUGGCGAUUUCAAAGCGACCAGCAGCUGGGCGGAUGGCGGCCACUGUAACCAUACAAUCGGAACACGACAACAAUUCAAGUGCCUAUUUAACUGAGAAGUUGGAUGAAGUCCAAAUGCGACUUUUUGAACUGAAGCAAACUUUGGAAGAUUUCGCUAAGAAUUCAUCUGGUUUAGGCGGUGGAGAAUCAGAUAACAGUUUUGAAAAUGGAGGAAUUGGACUUCCUGCAAAUGGGAAACGGAUUAUCUAUGUCCCAGUGGCUGAGGUUAGAGAACGGCCUUCUGUGAGUACCCAUACUAGCGCAUGUUGAGUAAUCAGAUUAGAUGUUGGUCUGUCCCUUAGUUUCAACUUCUAUUAUCGAUUCUUUUGUAGACUCACCAUUCAAGAUAUGGCAGUUCCUCCAUUUUUGUAUAGACAGACUUAAAGUGGAGUCUGCUUCACCUGGUUCAAACUAUUUCAUGUAACUAGAAGUACGAGCCUUCAAGUGGCGCGCAUUCUUUUAA